CGCCCGGGCGUCCUCCCGCCGCCGGGAGCGCUGUGGGCCGCAGCGGGCCUGGUCGCAGACGCCGUGGCGGCCGUCGCGCGCCUGAAGGGAGCUGCUGGCGGGGCCCAGGGAGUCCCCGCCCGAGACUGUAUUGCCACCGCCGCCAUGGCUACAAAAGACCCCACAGCUGUAGAGAGAGCAAACUUGUUAAACAUGGCUAAACUCAGUAUCAAAGGACUCAUUGAAUCUGCUCUAAGCUUUGGCCGCACUUUGGAUUCUGAUUAUCCCCCCUUGCAGCAGUUCUUCGUUGUUAUGGAACAUUGUCUGAAACAUGGUCUUAAAGUGAGAAAAUCAUUUCUGAGUUAUAACAAAACCAUCUGGGGCCCUUUGGAACUGGUGGAGAAGCUGUACCCAGAAGCAGAGGAAAUAGGAGCUAGUGUCCGGGAUUUACCUGGUCUUAAGACCCCCCUGGGUCGUGCGAGAGCGUGGCUUCGAUUAGCCCUCAUGCAGAAAAAAAUGGCUGAUUACCUGCGCUGCUUAAUUAUUCAAAGGGAUCUCUUGAGUGAAUUCUAUGAGUAUCAUGCAUUAAUGAUGGAAGAAGAAGGCGCAGUAAUUGUCGGGCUGCUGGUUGGCCUGAAUGUGAUAGAUGCUAAUCUGUGUGUAAAGGGGGAGGAUUUAGACUCGCAGGUUGGAGUGAUUGAUUUUUCAAUGUAUUUAAAGAAUGAAGAAGAUAUUGGAAAUAAAGAAAGGAAUGUUCAAAUUGCUGCAAUAUUAGACCAGAAGAAUUAUGUUGAAGAAUUAAAUAGACAACUGAACAGCACAGUCAGCAGUCUCCAUUCAAGAGUUGACUCAUUAGAAAAGUCAAAUACUAAGCUGAUUGAAGAGUUAGCAAUAGCAAAGAAUAAUAUCAUUAAACUCCAAGAAGAAAAUCAUCAAUUACGAAGUGAAAAUAAAUUGAUUUUAAUGAAAACACAGCAACACCUAGAGGUUACCAAAGUAGAUGUGGAAACUGAGCUUCAAACAUAUAAGCAUUCCAGGCAAGGGCUAGAUGAAAUGUAUAAUGAAGCCAGAAGGCAGCUUCGAGAUGAAUCUCAGUUAAGACAGGAUGUGGAGAAUGAGCUGGCAGUACAAGUUAGUAUGAAACAUGAGAUUGAACUUGCCAUGAAGUUGUUGGAGAAAGAUAUCCAUGAGAAACAAGAUACUCUAAUAGGCCUUCGACAACAACUGGAGGAAGUUAAAGCAAUUAACAUAGAAAUGUAUCAAAAGUUGCAGGGUUCUGAAGAUGGUUUGAAAGAAAAAAAUGAAAUAAUUGCCCGACUAGAAGAAAAAACCAGUAAAAUUACUGCAGCCAUGAGGCAGCUGGAACAAAGAUUGCAGCAAGCAGAGAAGGCGCAAAUGGAAAUUGAAGAUGAGGACAAGAAAUAUCUACAAGAGUAUCAGAGUAAAUUCGACAGUCUGCAGAAACAAAUCUCCCAAAAGGAGAAACAGCUGGUGCAGCUGGAAACCGAUCUGAAGAUUGAGAAGGAAUGGAGACAGACUUUGCAGGAAGAUCUUCAAAAGGAGAAAGAUACCGUAUCUCAUCUCAGAAAUGAGACCCAACAGAUCAUUACUCUUAAAAAAGAGUUCCUUAACCUCCAGGAUGAAAAUCAGCAGUUGAAAAAAAUAUAUCACGAACAGGAGCAAGCUCUUCAAGAACUUGGCAACAAACUUAGCGAAUCAAAACUUAAAAUCGAAGACAUAAAAGAAGCCAACAAAGCAUUGCAGGGACUGGUUUGGUUGAAAGACAAAGAAGCAACACACUGUAAACUUUGUGAAAAGGAAUUCUCACUGUCUAAGAGAAAGCACCACUGUAGAAAUUGUGGGGAAAUUUUCUGUAAUGCCUGUUCUGACAACGAACUGCCUUUGCCUUCUUCACCGAAGCCAGUACGGGUUUGUGAUUCCUGUCAUGCAUUACUAAUUCAAAGAUGCUCAUCUAACUUGCCAUAAUACUCCAGAACUAUUCUAAUGUAUGAAAAGUACCUACAAUGAAUGAUGAAUGUUACAUAUGAACAUGUGUACAAUGUAUUCAGACAGCCCUUAAGCAGCUUUCAGACAGCAUUGGUACAUUUUACUUUCACAUAUUCAACUCACAGGAACUCAAUGUAUAAUUUGAGAUUUCCUUUGCCAUUUUUAUUCAAAAAUAACAGGGCAUGCUUUAAAGUAACCUUAGCCUAAUUCCUGACUAGUUAUCAUGUAACUCUUUUCUUAAUGCCAUGGAGAGGCCAGAGAGCAUAGCCUACAUGUUUGCCUUAUUUUGUAAAGGCCUUCUUAAAAAUAGGGUUUCAGAUUAUUCUCCAGAUUGUCAAAUUGAUAUUUGAUGGUGCCUGUAAUUUUUUCUUAAUGCACUUUAAAGCUUCACAGUUCUCCGAGAACGACUGGAAAUGCACAUUUUAGAAGUAUUAAUAUUUCAACAGGUUUUUCAUUAGCUUGGUAAAGUGUCAACUGUAUUUAUUUGCUUCCCUUCCUCUGCCCAUUUUGCAUUAGAAAAUGCCUUCUCUGUAGUCAAUGUGGUAUUUUGCUGAACUUUCAGAUACAGUGGGUGAAAGAGGUAGUAUUUUGUCUCAAAACCUUUUAUUUUGAAAAUAAGUUAUGUCCAUUUCUUAGGGAGGACUCACACCUUUAAAAGUCAAAACAUAGGAACUGCUCUGGCAGUCUAGUCGUUAGGACUCCACACUUGCACUGCAAGGGGGCACAGGUUGGGUCCCUGGACUAGGAUCCUGCAUACCACAGGAGCAUGGCCAAAAAAGUCAAAACAAACUUUCCUAGAAAAAAAUGUAAUAGCCAGGAUUAUAGGCUCCUCAUUUUCCCUUAAGCAUUUAAGGAGAAAUCUAAAAUACAGUUAAACUUUGCCUUUGAUUAUGACAGGUUUGAGUUAAGAAGUUCUGUAUUACCUCUCCAGUCCAGUAACUUUUAGGAAGCAUUACACUGUGGCAGUCUACUACAGGAGAGUAAAAUACCAUUUAUUAGCACCAAGCCAGGGCCUAGAGCAGACUGAAGAUGGACUUUCAGCCCUGCCACUGCAUACAUACUUGAACUAUUUCAAGCAUAAAGUCAGUAAACACUAAUCCCUGUUAAUAGUUUAUAGCAUACCAAGCAUUUAAUCUUUAAAACUACCCUUGCACAAUUAAUGUUUCAACAGCAUCACCACUUGGGGUUCUACUUUUUACUUAAGUCUUAAUUUAAGUCAUGCACUUUUGAGUCUGUACCUUUUAAACAUGCCAUUAUUGGUAUCCACAUUACUCCUAAGAGCACUAGUGAAUAAAUCAUGGCUACUCCCUCCCCACUAAGAUAGCAUUGCUUAUUCUACAGGAUUGUAUCCUGAGUACAUACUUCUGUUAAGGUUUAAAAUUAAUUUUCUAAGUUGCCAAAGUAUGAAACCACUAUUUUACUUUGAUUUCUUUUCCAUAAUCGUCAGUUUUUAGUCUUAAAUCAGAAUGGACAUACAGAUUUAUAGGUGGUCUUUAAUGCUCUGAUAGGAGUAUUUGAAACAUGAAUUAUAUUCUUUGAACUGUUUUGUACUGAUGGGAUGGGUUAACAUUUUUAUGACGAAAAUAAGCAAAAAUGAAAAAUUUCAAGUGCUGUUUUUUAUUAUUGUGCUUAAACUUUAAAAUGUGAUUCUCUUAAAUGCCAAGCCUGGUUUCAUUCAACAAAUAAACCAUGAUUUUUAGUCCCAAUUUAAAUUCUUCACCCCUCAUUGCCAUUGAUUUGGGCCUUUUGUAGGCAGGCUUUUUCUAAGAAAUUGAAACUUGCUCCAUUUUAUUUUGACUUGUAUCUAAAAACCAUAAUCUAAUUUUGGAUUUCAUGUAAUAGAACUUUGUAUUUUGUGAACUUUGUGUACCGUUCCCUCAUCUAGUAGUACUAUCAUCUAACGCUAUCAUGGUGCCAAGGAAUUGUGAUUGUAAUUCUCAUAUUCACACUUCUCUAAAAUGUUGAUUUUAUAUAACAAAUAAAACACCUAAAAAAUUAA